CCCACUUCGCAUUUCCAAACAUUAAAAUAGGGUUCUAAAAACUAUUCAAAAUUGCGUCAGAAGAAAAAGAAAGGAAGAACUGUCCAACACACAGUGAUGGAGAGCGCAUUCGCUAGCGCGUCAGCGAUCAGUGACCAACGGCAAAAGAUCGAACAGUACAAACACAUUCUCGCCUCCGUCCUCUCCUCAAACGAUGUCGUCCAAGCCAAACAAUUCAUCGACCACAUGUUAUCGGACGAUGUGCCGCUUGUGGUGUCGAGGCAGCUCCUGCAGAUGUUUGCCCAGGAGCUAGGGAGGUUGGAGCCCGAGUUUCAGAAGGAAAUUGCUCAUUAUACUCUUAAUCAGAUUCAACAUCGUGUUGUUUCCUUUGAGGAACAGGUGUUGAUCAUCAGAGAAAAGCUUGCCGCACUGUAUGAAUCGGAACAAGAAUGGUCAAAAGCUGCACAAAUGCUUAGUGGCAUUGAUUUGGAUUCUGGAAUGAGAGUAAUUGAUGAUACCUUCAGGCUGUCAAAAUGUGUCCAAAUUGCUCGGCUUUACCUUGAGGACGAUGAUGCAGUUAAUGCCGAAGCUUUCAUAAACAAAGCUUCCUUUUUGGUUACAAACAGUCGACAUGAAGUGUUGAAUUUGCAAUACAAGGUUUGCUAUGCGAGAAUACUAGAUUUGAAAAGGAAGUUCUUGGAAGCUGCUCUACGGUAUUAUGAUAUAUCCCAAAUUGAGAAGCGGCAAAUCGGAGAUGAAGAGAUCGAUGAAGAAGCACUGGAGCAAGCUCUGGCUGCGGCUGUGACUUGCACAAUUUUGGCUGCUGCAGGUCCUCAACGUUCUCGUGUUCUUGCCACCUUGUACAAGGAUGAACGUUGCUCUAAGCUAAAGAUUUACCCAAUCUUGCAGAAGGUUUAUUUGGAGAGAAUCUUGAGAAAACCAGAAAUCGAUGCGUUCGCUGAAGAACUGAAACCACAUCAGAAAGCACUUCUGCCUGACAAUUUUACUGUUCUAGAUCGUGCUAUGAUUGAGCACAAUCUCUUGAGUGCUAGCAAACUUUACACAAAUAUAAGUUUUGAUGAGUUGGGCACAUUGCUGGGUAUCGCUCCUCAAAAGGCUGAGAAAAUAGCUUCAAGAAUGAUCUGUGAAGAUAGAAUGAGGGGAUCUAUUGAUCAGGUUGAAGCAAUCAUACAUUUUGAGGAUGACACCGAGGAAUUGCAACAAUGGGAUCAACAGAUAUUUGGAUUGUGUCAAGCUCUCAACGAAAUUCUGGAUAGCAUGGCGAAGAAGGGUUUACCCAUUCCCGUCUAGUUAAUUUUUUGACCUUUUCCUAUGUGAUGUCAUUUGGUGGAAAUGAAAUCAAAUUGUCGUCUAGUUGAACAGAAUUUCAUCCAUGAAAUACCCAAAUAUCACAACGUAGAAACCCCAUGUUACUUCAACUUGACAUGUUUUUUCAUUCAAUAUUGACCACAAUGAGAUCGUAUUGUUGAUUACCCACUA